AUGCCUUUUGUCCCAACGAGUGCAGAACUCCAACACCCCCUAGCACAGGAGUACCAGAAUAAUGCCGGGGAUUUGGCUACUGCCGGUCUUCAGGAAGAUGCCAAUCGUCGUGGCCGUUCAGGCUCUAAAUGGAGUAUUGAGGAGGUCAAUGCUGUCCGUGCUGUUCCUCUGGUUCGCCUUGAUCCAACCCGUAUUAUCCCCGAAAGCUACUUUCCUGGAGAUGAUAACGAGGUUUUUUAUGCCCUAUUUAGGCAUGUUCGAGCAGCCACGGUUGAUGACCUUAAAGAAUUCGACCCAGACAAGUUCACACACAAUCCGUAUCAAGGCUUCUUCAAUUACCUUGCAGAGCUUAGCACAACAAAUACAUCUGAGGAGUCGGUCAUUCGAGCCCAUCAACGAAAUAUAAGUGUCAGUUCGGUCACAACUGAACUUUCUACAUCUAGUAACGAGGAUAGUCAUGAGACUGUCAGCAAGGCCGCUCUCAGAGACUUCGUCAACUUCACAUUGAUGCGUAUGGGUACAUUCAGAAAGUUACCUGUACCGGCCAGGGAAGGGAGGAAGAAGCCCCAUCUGUCUAGUUAUGCCGACCCAGUCCGGUUUAAAUUUCGCCUUGGAGGAGUCUCGCACGACGUUGUAAAUGAUGGACAUCUUGCCGUCAACUUCCCUGGAAGUGUUUCUGGCUCUGAUAGAAAAUCACGGCUCUCUGUGAUCAAUGUGGAGUGUAAACCUCGUCACGCUGGCGGAUUGAAACGUCGCUCUGGAGAGCCUGAACCUUUCAGUCCAAUAGUGUUCGCCCAGGAGGUUGCCGAAAUGAUAGGGGCGGUAUUUGCCCAAAACCAUAUGCGUCUCCCUGUCAGGCAUGACACCCAGGAAUCAUUCGUUCUCAGCAUGCAUGGCUCAAACUUCUAUGUGAGCACUGCUCAUUUCUCAGCCGAGUAUAUAGAGUACCUUGAAACAGGCUCGUACCCAGGGGUAACAGGCGCCAAUUUCUUAUGGGUCAGAAGGUCAGUUCACUUUGACCUUAAAAAGGUGGAUGACAGAGGCGAGGCCCUCAGAUUUCUUUGGGCACUAAUUACCUAUGUCGUGAGUGGAAUGGCGAAAGUCAACAUUGUAAGCUCAGCGAUCCAGGAAGCCAGUGUUUGA